GGGGACCAAUCCGGGAGGGGCAUGAGAAAACGGCCUCGCCAGAACCCCGGGCCGGCGUGCCAGCAGUGCAGACUGAGAAAACUGCGCUGUGAUCGCCAAACCCCUUGCAACGGCUGCCUCGAUGCCGGUGUGGAAUGCAAUGUCGACCCGACUCCGCCACAGCGCGGUCCCAAGAAGGGCCAUCUCAAAGCGCUGCGGUCAAGAAUAGGUAGGCCCUCCAGGCCCCCCGGCACCCAGCGGGAGAGCACCUGCUUUUUGCACGGGGGUAGCCCCUUGGAGCACCAGGCUGACACAUGGGAUCGCAAAAGAGACCAGCUCUACUUCGACCGCAUCCACGCCUUUGUGCCCGCGAUCCACCACCGCCGCUACCUCCAGCGGUCCAGGGUCGCGCUGCCAACGCCUUCGCACCGAUGCCUGCAGUACGCCAUGUGGACCAUGGCCUCGGCCAUGUCGUCGCAGUUCCACCACCUGCGCGACUCGCUGUACCGCGGCACCCUCGACCUGCUGCACGCACUCGACGACGCGAGGCCCACCACCGCCGGUACCGCUGCCACCACCGACAACGACGACGAGGCGUCCCUCCUUGCGCAGGCGCAGGCGUGGAUCCUCGUCGCCGUCUACGAGUUCGUCCAGCUCCCCUCGUCCUUCCGCCGUGCCUGGGCCAGCGUCGGCCGCGCCAUCCGCCUCGUCCAGCUGCUGCGUCUGAGCGAGAUGGACGCCGGCGAUGACCAUGAUGCUGCCGUCCUGGACUUCACUACUCCCUACAACGGCGACACGGAUGUCGACGUUUGCAUCGAGAGGGAGGAGCGGCGCCGCACGUUUUGGGUGGCGUUUUGCCUGGAUCGCUUUGCGUCCGCCCUGAGCGGCCUGCCCCUGACGCUAGGCGAACUGAUUUCGACACGUCUGCCUUGCCCGGAGCCGGCGUUCCAGAGCGCAACCUCGGUUGUGAUGCCGCUUCUUUCCGAGAUCAUGGAAACCACGGACAUGGACGCGGAACCCCGGGCGCUCUCGGCACCGUCGUCCCCCUGGGUCGAAUGCAUCGUGUUCUGCACCUUGUGGGGGCGGGCUCUCUCGCACCAGCAACGGUCCAAGCUGGAGCAUUUCCACGGUCCCGUCGCCGUCGCGUUUCGCGAGCGUCAGGUCCGGCUGGACGAGCUGCUCACAAGCCGCAUGCGCCUGUUCCAGCAGCGAUAUGCGCCCGGCGCCGUCAAGUCCGACCCGAUGCUGCUCUUCACCAACCUGGUUGCCCAGGCUACCGUGCUGUCUCUGUGCAAG